AUGGCACGAGGACAACAUCAAGCAUUUACGUAUGCGACGCUUUUAAGUCUUGCAGGUGGAGCUGGCUACGUUCUUAAGCGUCAUACACCAUCACUUGUAGCUGGUAUGGUCCUGGGCGUUGGGUUUUUAGGUGCUGGUAUAUUGGUACUUACAGAAACUAUCACGGAUCAUCAAUUUGAACAUGGCACGUCAUUUGUCAUGGCCAGCGUCAUCUCAGGCGUCACAGGUCAACGUGCGUUUGUCACGAGACAACGUACUCCUUCUGUAAUUUCAGCGGCGGGGGCGAUGUUGGCUGGUUAUCAUGUACAUGAGCUAUGUCAUCCACCACGUAAGAUGCGUUAUAUUCCUGGUGCUUCGCCUGUACCGAGCAACUACGAAUAA